GGGAGGAGAACAUCAAUGAAAUCAGCCUUGAAUACCCCGAGAAGAUGGCCAGCCACGCCAACACAGUGAGGAGUUUCCACCACGAAGAGACACCAUGAUUCCUGGUAACCGAAUGCUGAUGGUCAUUUUAUUAUGCCAAGUUCUACUAGGAGGUGCUAAUCAUGCUAGUUUAAUACCUGAGAAGGGAAAAAGAAAAUUUUCCGAAACUGGGGGCCAGUCUCCACCAGGAGCAGGAGGACAUCACUCAGGGCAAAGCCAUGAACUGUUACGUGAUUUUGAAGCUACUUUGCUGCAAAUGUUCGGAAUACAGAGGCGACCCAGGCCCAGUAAAUCAGUCAUCAUCCCCAAUUACAUGUUGGAUCUCUACAGACUGCAGUCCGGGGAAGAGAACCUCAACAAAAUCAGCCUUGAGUACCCCGAGAAGAUGGCCAGCCACGCCAACACAGUGAGGAGUUUCCACCACGAAGAGCAUUUGGAGACAGUGCCAGGGGUGACGGAUGACUCCAAACUUCGCUUCAUUUUCAACCUCAGCAAUAUCCCUACAAAUGAGGAGAUUCUUUAUGCAGAACUGAGACUUUACAGGGAACAAACACAGCAUAUUUUUAACUGGGAAGAGGGGUUUCACAGAAUCAGUAUUUAUGAGGUCAUGAAGCCACACAGUCCAAAUGGGCACCUGAUAACCAGACUAUUAGACACCAGGCUGAUCCAUCAGAACGUUACUCAGUGGGAAACAUUUGAUAUAAGCCCUGCAGUUUUUCGAUGGACAAAAGAGCAACAGCCAAACCAUGGAAUAGUUGUUGAGGUGAUCCAUCUCAACCAAACAAAAAUGUAUCAGGGCAAACAUGUCAGGAUUAGCCGAUCAGUACCUCAAUGGGAUUCAGACUGGUCCCAGCUGAGACCUCUUUUAGUCACUUUUAGCCAUGAUGGCAAGGGUCAUGCACUGACCAGAAGAAUGAAAAGAAGCACCAAGCAACAGAGGCCACGUAAGAAAAAUAAAAAUUGCAGGCGGCAUAAUCUUUAUGUGGAUUUCAGCGACGUAGGCUGGAAUGACUGGAUUGUGGCACCACCAGGGUAUCAGGCUUUUUAUUGCCAUGGGGACUGCCCGUUCCCCUUGGCUGAUCAUCUGAAUUCAACCAAUCAUGCAAUUGUCCAAACUUUGGUUAACUCCGUGAACUCUAACAUUCCAAAAGCGUGCUGUGUACCAACAGAACUGAGUGCUAUCUCCAUGCUUUACUUAGAUGAAAAUGACAAAGUAGUUCUAAAAAACUAUCAAGAAAUGGUAGUGGAAGGGUGCGGAUGCCAUUGACUCCACAACUUUUUUAUUGUGCCCAGACUUUUAAAAAGAACUUUCUCCUUGACCUUAUUUAUGUGCAAAUUUUUUGACAAUAUGAUCAUAUAUUUUGAAAGAUAUAUUUAUAACUACAUAUUAAAAUAGAAAAUAAAAGGUCAUUAUUUUAAAUGUAAAUUUUUGUGUAGAAUGUUAACAGUUUGUGUACUGUAUUAUUUACAGUAAGGUUUGGUUUGCUACUUGAGCUGAUUUAGUGUGUUUAUUUCCCACCAUGGAACAAAAACCUCAGCCUAUUUAUGUGCACAAGUGCAUAUGCAUAACUGUGAAGCAAACAGGGCUCCAUGGUUCUAGAGAAUUGUUUUCAAGUAAAUUGGUUUUUAGCUUAAGGGAGUUAAUUAGGCAAUGAGUGAUAAUUUUUCUGAAAUGCAUAUGAAAAGGUGAAGACAGCUCUCUUAAUUCCAUGAAAAGGAGUUGUUUGCUGCAGCCUACAAUUUUGGGGGAAAGGUUGAUAAGAUUCAUGUAAGAGGCUAUGUACAAAAUGUAUUCUGAAGUGCUAAGACUGUUCAUGAAUUUCUUAAAGGAAAACUCUACCUUAAAACUCAAAAAACAUAUAUUUUCAUUGUAUCUUU